AUGCAGACAGCCUGGGAGAAGAUGCACGAGCAUCUCCCGGUUUUCCAAGAGCUUGGGCCGGAACGAGCUGACUUCAAUAUACCCAAACUUCACAACAUCCGACAUUAUAUCGAUUCUAUUCGUCUACUGGGCUCUGCGGAUGGCUAUAAUACUGAAAAUACCGAGCGCCUACAUAUCGACCUCGCGAAAAACGGCUAUCGGGCAUCCAAUCGCCGCGAUUACGUGCAGCAGAUGACACGCUGGCUGACUCGGCAAGAGGCUGUCCACCGUUUCUCCCUGUAUUUAACAUGGGCAUGCCCUGGGUAUUCACCGGGACAAGGCUACCAACGACCUUCGAAUGUUGAUUGGGACGACUGGGACCAGGCAGAUGACGUCAAUGGUGAGGAGAAUGGCGACGGGGACUCAGACGAUGAGGAGGAGGAUCCGGAGCAGAUCACGUACAAUAUUGCCGCUCGACCUGCUUACCCAAAUCUUUCUGCUUCCGACAUCGAGACGAAAUUUGAAGUGCGCGACUUCUUGUUCUACAUGAACCAGUAUCUGGCUCUGCACCAACUCCCUGGUGGUGGGUUACUGGGUCCAACCACGCGGUUUGGUGCAUUCAAAAAAGCCGCUCUUCAUCUUCCCAUUCUUCGUGCGGCUGAAACCGAAUCCGAGAAGGCCGAUGUGAUUCACGCUGUCCUCGCAACUGAAGGCCUAAUCUCUGACAAGGGAAUCAAACGAGGUAGUCCAGCUCGGUCCAGCACUGUCCUUGUCCGUGUCGAGCCGAAAGACCGGGAACAAGGUCCACUCAGUGGUCUCCAAAUUGCACAUGUCAAGCUCAUAUUCCGUCUCCCGGCUCACAUCGCACCUCAUACACAUCCUCUUCUCUAUGUCCACUGGUUCACUCCAUUCCGUGAUACACGAGCCGAUUUUGACUCCCCUUCCGGCCUCUCUCGUAUUUCCCACUCGACCACUGUUGGACAACGGCGUUCAUCGAUCAUUUCCCUUGCCGAUGUUAUUCAAACCUGUCAUCUCAUCCCCAAGUUCAGUUCAACCGUCAGCGCUAACUGGGAUUGUAACAGGGUUUUGAACGAGGCUACUGUUUUUUAUUUCAACCCGUACUUGCGAAAUCGCGAUUUUUACCUAUUCCGUUAUGGUAUGUACCUUGUAUCCGAGUAUCAUAAGCGUAGGCAGGCUGAGUUAGCUGCAACGCUUGCAAGGGGUGCAAAUCGUAUUCAUUUUUGA